UCGUGACAUUACCAGCACGACGCAAGGUCCUCUUUCACGAACGGAGCCACUCUUAUUCCCAGUCAUAAGUAUUCCCUUUCACCUUCUCACCCACUCUCCCAUAUCCAUACUGCCAUCACAUCUCAUACACAUAGCGCUCGUACGGCACGUCCAACCAUGUUCUCGAACCCAUUGAAGCGAAGCUUCCUCUGUCUUACAGCGGAACCAGGGACCGUCUGCGCCGGCCUCCCCACCAAGAAGCCCCGUGCAGCAGCAGUACCAACAACACAGCAUCAAGCCACCGCACCUGCGGCAGUUCCUCCGAAAUCUCAGUUCCUAUCUCUCCCCGCCGAACUCCGCAACGAGAUCUACAACCAUGCCCUCGUGCAAUCCUCCCCCAUCUCACUACCUUACGCGUACGAAACUCGCAGCACGACGCGCUCUCCGUCAAGCAGAAAUGGCUUAGCUUCAGCAUCAUGCACAGCUACGACUUACUCUGGCGAACCACCUUUCCUGCGCACAUCACGUCUCAUCCGCUCCGAAGCCAUGCCCAUCUACUAUGGCUGCAAUACUUUCAGCGCGCCCAGCCCCGCCUCCGCGCAUAAAUUCCUCAAACCGCUGAGCUCAGCAAAGAUGAGCAUGUUGCGCUUCUUCCGGCCUGUGGAACUGGCACUGGAGUUGCAGGGAAGUCUACAGGUGAGGAAAAGGUGGGAGGAGAGCGUGAGGCGGACCGUAAAUCGUUUGGUGAAAGAUGUGGGGAAGGGAAGUCUGAGAUGGGAGAGUUUGCAGCUUGGUGUGAAGAGCAGAGAUGAGGGGACGAGGUGGCUCGGUCUGCGGGAGGUGGGAUUUGGAGUGAAGAGGGAGGCGGAGGGGUGGAGGUUGCUUGGACCGGAGGAGGAAGAGGAGGCUAUGGAAGGGGUCGUGGCGACCUGAUGCGAUGAGGGUUUGAGUAUCAACCAAAAUUCUUCAUCGAGCGCUGCCGGAGAGAUCUGAGUCAUUCGGACAGGGAUGGACAAUUGCAAGGUCGCGUUUUCCACGCGAUCUGUCUGGCCAAUAACAACAUUACAACCAUUUGCACGUCUGUGAUGUUGAGUCUCGGGUGUUCUGGUCUGUUCGCCCGUGUGCCGAGGAACACUGCGCGCCGGAGGGCAGCUAUUCAACCAACAGUCGGCAGUCGAGCAACACGAAGAUCCAAAAGCUUUCAAAACACAUGAGAAUUCCUUGUCGCAUUUUCAAAGGGUAUUGGAAAAGAGUUUGCAUGGAAGCAUUGUAUUCAUAAGCACUGUAUACUUCCUACAGCGCAGCUUUGCUGGCGAUGGCGUGUUAGACCAGCAGCAAGGUCCCAGACAUAAUCCUAAUCAAGAGAGCGAUUUCGAGAA